AUGUUGUCAUCAGCUCCACCUAGAAAGAGUUGGUGGAAAUCGAAAGCAGUAAAAGUCACAAGAUCCUAUCCAACUUUCUCUUCCCUGAAUGCCUGGGAAGAAUUCAGGGGCCUCUUGCCUGUGGAUGGAGAACCAACCCCCGGAGUGGGCCUGGGUGUGGAGGAGGGACUGCUCUGCCAGAUGGUUCACUCUCCAGAAUUCAACCUGUUCCCUGACUCCGUGGUGUUUGAAAGCAACUUUGUCCAGGUCAAAAAGGACAGGAACUGGAUCAACAUCUACAAAGCCGCCUACACCAUGGCCCUCGGGGUGACCUCCUCCGUGCCCUGCCUGCCCCUUCCCAACAUCCUCCUCAUGGCCCGCGUCAAAUGGCACCGGGGGCAGAGCCAGACGUGGAACAGACCAUCUCCCGCGCCGAACAUCAUCCUGAAGAGGAUUCUCCCAUUGAAGUUCGUGGAGCUCCAAGUCUGUGACCAGCUCCAACGCAUCCUGCGGUUGAGGACGGUCACAGAGAAGAUCUACUAUCUAAGACUCCACUCUGACCAUCCUGAGACUGUCUUCCACUUCUGGAUCCGACUAGUUCAGAUUCUGCAGAAGGGCCUGUCCAUCACCACUAAAGACCCUAGGAUUCUUAUCACUCACUGUCUGGUGCCCAAGAGCAGCUGCAGCGUCUCAGGAGACUCUAAGGAACCUCUCGAUCCUGACAGUCUUGUGAGAAGACAUGGCGAAGGAGAGUCAACUGAGCACACCGCGAUGGUGGAGGAGGAGCUCGAGUCUUCUUUGUUAGUACAGAAGAAACCUCAAGCCUCCCAGCCCAGCGAGAGCCUCCUGCAGUUGAUGGCCAAGGGGGAGAGUGAGGCCCUCUCUCUGAUUUUUGCUGACUUGCACCAGCACAACCGGUUCAGUUCCAGGAGAAGCAAAAAGACCAAGACCAAAAAGGACAACUCAGAGAAAGAUAAUUCCAGUGAAGACAGCAUUCCGUGCACCCGCGACCUCAGUUGGAGGGAUUCCUUCACCUAUGGAGAGUGGGAAAGGGAGAACCCCUCUGGGCCGCAGCCCCUCUCACUCCUCAGCACGUUGGCAGCCUCCACGAGGCCACAGCUGACUCUAUUCAUAGGUACGGUCAUGGGAUUCAUCUGGCUGCCUCGGGACGGACCUGGAGUCUGA